GAUACAUGUCAACUGAUCAACGAGACCCAUGGUAAGUGAUACAUGUCAACUGAUCAACGAGACCCAUGGUAAGUGAUACAUGUCAACUGAUCAACGAGACCCAUGGUAAGUGAUACAUGUCAACUGAUCAACGAGACCCAUGGUAAGUGAUACAUGUCAACUGAUCAAUGAGACCCAUGGUAAAUGAUACAUGUCAACUAAUCAACAAGACCCAUGGUAAGUGAUACAUGUCAACUGAUCAACGAGACUCAUGGUAAGUGAUACAUGUCAACUGAUCAACAAGACCCAUGGUAAGUGAUACAUGUCAACUGAUCAACGAGACCCAUGGUAAGUGAUACAUGUCAACUGAUCAACGAGACCCGUGGUAAGUGAUACAUGUCAACUGAUCAAUGAGACCCAUGGUAAGUGAUACAUGUCAACUGAUCAACGAGACCCAUGGUAAGUGAUACAUGUCAACUGAUCAACGAGACCCAUGGUAAGUGAUACAUGUCAACUGAUCAACGAGACCCAUGGUAAGUGAUACAUGUCAACUGAUCAACGAGACCCAUGGUAAGUGAUACAUGUCAACUGAUCAAUGAGACCCGUGGUAAGUGAUACAUGUCAACUGAUCAACGAGACUCAUGGUAAGUGAUACAUGUCAACUGAUCAACAAGACCCAUGGUAAGUGAUACAUGUCAACUGAUCAACGAGACCCAUGGUAAGUGAUACAUGUCAACUGAUCAAUGAGACCCGUGGUAAGUGAUACAUGUCAACUGAUCAAUGAGACCCAUGGUAUAUUCCUUGACCUCCAACAGCUCCACGAGACAGGGGUGACUUUGAAGAAGGCGAGCUUGAUCAAAAUCAGUCGCCGCUAUCGAGCUGUGCUGCGUUCAUGUUUAUUACAACUAAGGGACACAGCCUCAAGGGAGCGACAUUCUGAGGAAGGGCGUAGCAGUGUGCAGAAACAGACCCUGACCAUGAUAGAGCUGGUCUGGCACUUGUGCGAGUUUCUGUUCAUAGAGUCUGUGCCAGGUGGUACCGUAUUAACAAGACUGUUGGAAUGGUCUAAGACUGAGAGAACAGAGAGAUAUCUGCAUGAUGUAUUACAGUACCACCCACCUAGUGAGAGUCCAUCUUAUUGGCCUGCUGUCUACUCUCUUGUCCUGCAAGGGCAGAUGAAAGAAGCUUGCGAGUUGUUAUCACAACAUCCUGAGAAGGUCCAUGGUUCUUUCGAUGUGUUUGAGCAGAUUAUUGAUCUAAUGAGAACAAUGCCGAGUUAUCAGAUGUUUAUGGGUUCCACUGCAUCAGAUUUCGUUUCUAAGUGGAAUCACUGGCAUUUAGAAGUGAAAGCCCAGCUAGAAGCAGAGACAUACGCUGGACACCAAGAACUACAGCUCCUCUGUCAGGUCAUGGCAGGGGAUGAUAGCGCAUUCAGACAGCUCAAGGAGUUUUGCCCCACUUGGUAUCAGAUGCUAGCAUCCAAACUCCUAUACUGCAACCCCGCUGUCAAGCUCUACGACCUUCAAUACCAUACUCAGCCUUGUGUGGAAAUGUUUGGAGGAAAUGUUGCCCUUGGCCAUUUCGACAGAAUCCUGCUGUCAGCAUUUGAGUUUGACAUCUACGCGGUCAUCAAGGGUAGCAGUGAGUCGUUUGGCAACUGGUGGUUCGUCUCUCAUCUGACAGAUCUUCUCCAUCAUUGUGGCCAGUUGGACUCAAACCAAAUCAGCUGCAGUGUGAGCUUAAGGGAGUUCCUGUUACUAGAAUAUUCCGCCAGUCUCAUGUCCCACCACAGUUUGUGGCAAGUGGCUGUUGACUACCUUAAGCAUUGCCCCCAGUAUGGAAGAGCACACUUGGAGGAAUAUAUAGAACAUCUUCCGCUUGAAACAGACAAAAAGGCUACGAAAGUGCUGCGAGUUUGCAAACAUCUGGACUUACCUUACCAAGCUCAAAGCAUCUGUAAAACUAUGAGUAUGCGAGCCCUAAAGAUGGACCGGCUCGGGAGUGCGCUCUCUUGGUGUCUCAGAUCCAAGGACUCGGCCUUUGCUGCAUUUAUAUCAGAAAGGUUCUUGGAGGAGUAUUGUAAGAAUGGCGACUUUACAAAUCUCGACCUAAUCGACCACCUCGGCUCUGACAUGUUACUCAACGAACGACUGACAUUCUUAGGAAAGUACAGAGAAUUCCAUCGCAUGUACGCGGAGGCGGACUUCAGAGGAGCAGCUACGUUGCUUGUCUCGCUGCUCACAUCACGACUUUCUCCUAAAAGCUUUUGGUUGACUCUUCUCACCGACGCAUUACCGCUAUUAGAAAGUAACGAGAUAAUCUUCACAAGUAACCAGACAUACGAACUAAUGCAUUGUUUGGAAGAAAUACGCCUGUCAUUCCGGUCAGCGGAUUACCUCAAGCAGGGGCAUGCGCAGAAAGAGAAGAAAAGCAAAACCAAAGGGAAGGGAGCAUCCAAAACAAAGGUGCAAGAGGACGAAGAGGAAGAUAAGAUCUCCCUACUUCGACUCGCAUUGGCCCGUAACCUAGCAAGAUCCAUACUAAAGGAAGGACAAUGCGUAGCCUAGGCAACAGAGUCGCUUUAGUUCGCCAGAUGUGACGUCAGGAUAGCUAGCGGUGUGGCGGUAAGGCGGAAAUGACGUCACUUAUGUAAAAAGAAGUAUCGCAUUUUUCAUGGUAGGUCGAAUCCUGGCUUGUGUGCUUUUAUAGUUCAACCAUUCGUCGUGUAGGUAAACUCGCGCAUGAUGUAUGUUGAAUCACCGCGGUCCUUUUAUCGCAGAAACACUGCACGUUAUAGAGGUUGGUUCUUACUAGGAAGCAAGCACUAACGGAAGCGCGACACAAGUGAGAAUCGGUCAAAAACAAGCGCAUGCGUAAGAAAAUCAAGCAGUUGCCUUCUCUUGAGUUUCCUUUGGCGCUUGCGUUCCAGUGAGAAUCGGAAAAUUAUGUGCGCUGCUGCGCUUGUGAGGACCAGGGUUCAAAGUAUCCACUCGUCCUUUCUAGAAUUGUUAACACCAGGAAAAAGUCCCCGAUACACCACAUGUCGGCCUUCGUAUUGUCAUCCUAGCAAAACAUCGAGUAUUCAGAAAACAUCAAUUUCUUGUUUUCAUACAAAUUUUUUAGAUGGUCAUUUCGAAAUCUCUUCACAUAUUUUCUCUUCAAAAAUAUUAAAUGAAAACAAUAACAAAGGUAUGGCUGUCAAGGCAUCUUUAAGAAAAUGUCGGCAACUUUUCAAAUAUGUUCUACUUUAAAAAUAUUUGGCAAAAUUUGGCUGGGGCCAAAUUAUCAAGCAAAUUAUCAUGGAAAUAUUGCUUGGGUCCCCUCACAGGUAGCCCAAGCUCUUUAUUUGUCCCGAUUGGUAUUAUACUAUAUUAGUAAAAGAGACGUGUGUAGUCUAGUGUUAUGUUUACUUUUAGUUUACUUUUAUUGUUUAUGUUUACUUUUUGCGUGUUCUCUGGCUGUAUUAAAUCGCCUUUUUCAAGAUUCAAGAUUCACGAUUUGAACUCUGACCAGAACGAAGUUUUUUUUAUAUUGUUCACUAAUUUUGUUUUUCGCCCUAUGUUUAUAGCCUGUGUGCAGCCGGAAAUAGUUCCAUGGAACUUUUUCCGGCUUCACACAGGCUUUAUGUUUACCGUAAAUAUCAAUAGGGACAAAUAAAGAGCUUGGGCUACAUGUGGUCCAUUAAAGCCCGUCAGUCCGACUUGCGUGACGCGUGGUUUCGUAAGCUAUGAAACCCUAUGUUCAUCUCAGGUAAUGAAUUCAAAUCCGCUUACAUCAUGUUGAAUUCAAAUCCAUCCUAUGACAAAAAAAGCUAAAUACAAUUUUUAAAGAUUCAAAUAAUACAGGGAAAUUUGUAUUUUUAAAAAAGAGUCUUAAAUUUAUAACAAAGACAAAACAUCGUCACGCAAAAGUCACGCAAGUAAGAUGUACGGACCUUAAGAUACGCGUGUACACAUGUAACUGAUGUACCAAAAUACGCAUUUGUGAUACAAGACAGCUAUGUAUUAGGGCCACAAUAAAAAAAAACUGAGAAUUUUUGUUUUGUUA